GGAGCUACUGGUUCAAAUGAAAUUCGUCGAAGGAUUGCCAUUGCGUUACAUUGCGUUACAGUGUGAACAGGCUGUUUGCGUGACCCCGUUGCCGUGAGAGGUCAAGCGUCGACGUACACAAAGCAGCCCUCCUCGAUGAAAUCAUUUAUAUUCUUUAUGAGAUGAUCCUAUCGACAACACGAUAAAAGCGCAUGCAUCGGUGGACCCAUUCUUAUAUUUUUGAUUCAUAUUGCCUUGAUGAGAUCGAUGGCCCAAUACCGUAUAUCGAGGAGCUCAACAAAAUUCACAAUUCAACUUCAGAGUUGGAGAUGGUUUUGAUUAGUUGAGGAGGGUAUAGCUUGGUUUGUUUUGAGUAUGAAUCCUAACGACUUAUGACUUAUGAUAAAUGAUUAUCUUCUUCCAAAGUACAAGGAACUUCAGCCCCCAGCAGAGAAUGUAAUAUGAGCCGUGAUCUUGAUGGGUUUUAUUGGGGCGCGAUAAACCGGGACAUAGUUUGCAGCAUCGCUUUCGAGCAAUUAUAGGGAUGACGGUUAUGUUCUGUUAUCUGCGAUUACCUUUUGUUUAUAAUGAGAUGCGGAGCUGGGGACACUUUUGAGGAUCUUUUUACUCCAUGGCAUACAAUAUAGGUGCGAUACUAGGACAUAUAUUUUUCAGUAUCGCCUCCGAGCAACGCUUUUACAGGAUCAUUGAAGAUAUUGAUGUUCUGUUCUGAUCUGAAAUUCUGUCGUGUUUAUAACAAGCUGCGGAGUUGAGAACACUUUUGAGGAUCUGUUAACUUCAUGACAUCAGGACUGGGCGCGAUACUAGGCCGUUCUUUUCAGUAUCACCUUCGAGCAACCCUCUAAUAGGGUCUUCGAAAACAUUUAUUUCUUAUUUGAUUCCAUUGUGUUUAUAGCGAAGUGCAGAGUUAAGACCACUUUUGAGGAUCGUCCUACAAUGGCGUCAGGGUACCGUCCUAAAAGUCCACGCCCAGGGAGAAAGCUCACUGUGGCUGUUAACAUUCCAAAACCUUCACCAGAGUCCACACGAUUUCUCGAACCAUCCAUGCCGACUGGGAGAUCACCAUCAUCAUCACUUGCGGCAUUUUCCGACGGGGACGCAUCGAAGAAUACCAGCGGGCCCCAUCCUCCACUCUCCCCUCGACCGAUUACCCCGAGUUUUCAUCACGUUCGGUCACCAUACGGAAGUCCUGAUGAAUAUCGUCAUCGUCGACAUACUGUGAGUGUGGUCGAGUCGAUGGAGGUUCGCGCACCGACUGUUAAUCGUCACCAUACGUUUCCAGCAUUCGACUUUCAUGAUGAUGACAAUCUCUUAAAAAACGACGAAACUGACCCUGAUGAAAUCGAAAACCACCAACCUCUGCCGGCAUCUUCGUCAUUUUUUCAGCAAGCUAUGCUUGAUCUUAAACGAAGGCCGAGUCGAAGUUCGCAGUCAUCUAUCGACGACGAAGACACGAAAGGGAACACGGCGCCAUCAUCUAGCGCCAGACUUCCUCUACGAACACCACCAGCUAUCGAGAUUAGUCAUAUCGAAGAGAAGAACGAUGAAUAUUCAUUGGACAUUGAGUUCGGCGGUCAAAACAGCGAUGAUGAAAUAUUUGGAUCGCAGGGUGACGAAAAUAAAUUGAGCAGCAGCGCGCCGGACUCCUUUCUCCAUGAAACGAAGAAGAGUACAAUUUUAAGACUACAAAUCGCAAAAGCCAAAUUAAGCUCGUCCGAACGAGCACUGAAUAAAACAUUAAAGUCAAAAGAUUCGUACAAAACCUUUAAUGAGAAAGCGGAAAGUUCCGUUCCGAAGUCGGCCAGGAAAUCGAGGCCGGGUACGCUUUUGAGCGUUGACGUCUCCCCUCUCAACGUUCCUCUUAGGAAGUGGAGAUCGACGGAAGGCUCUUUGCCUGCCCUUAGCACUAUGAUCUCCUCCCGUGAUAAUCAUCAGAAUCACUCUCCAUUUCUAUCGUCACCGAUGAUGAAGAGGAAAGGGAGUGUCCCCGCAGUGUUUCCGAUGCCUCCGAACUUAAAGCAGAGGUCGAGUCUACAAGACCUGCAAUCAUCGUUUAAACGUGGUGAACAAAAUGGAUCGCCCAAAAUGUCCAGUCUUGCCCCAAGAGCUGCUACCCCUAAAAAACGCCCCUCAUCCGCAUACGAAUCUUCGACGUCGUCAUCUAGUUCAUCCGAUCGCUCUCCGAUGGCAUCGCCUCGGACGAAGCCGGAAGCGACCGACGCACCUCAAAGACCAACAGAUAGAAUACAGCAACACCGGUCUCCUAUUAGUCUCAAGACAGUGAACAAUUUAACCAAAUUCAUUACCUCAGCGUCGGCUUCGUCGUCCAUCUCGGGCAGCUCGACGAGGAAAAACCUCUUGCCAGACACCGUCACCCUCCCGCCGGUUCUCGACUCCUCCGGUCGACUGCGUGUUCAUCGAAGACGGGACGAUUCCAUGCGGUUGGUACGACAGGCAGUCAAUAGCGACCACAACGAGUGGAUGGAUAACAGCAGUGAGCAUGACAAGCGGAAAGCGAAGAGUGCGUUAGGUUUCGCCGAGGUUUGAAUCAUCGUAGAAGAUGGAAAGAAAGAGAGAGAGAGAGAAAAGGAAG